AUGACAAAUAGUGACAAUAGUAAUGAAUACGGAGUCAUCACAAUUGGUGAUGCGACUAGGUUCCAAGCCACCAUUGCCAAACUUGGUGCAACUUUGGUUGACUUAAAAGUGAAUAAUCAAUCAGUUGUUUUAGGAUAUUCGGAAGUUCAGGAUUAUUUAUCCGAUGGCAACAUGAUGGGUGCUAUCGUUGGCCGUUAUGCAAAUCGUAUUUCCAAGGGUGUUUUUCAUCUGGAAGAUGGUCCCCACCAGUUGACUGUUAACAACUGUGGUAACACAAAUCACAGCAGUAUUAGUUCCCUCAACCUUAAAAAAUACAAGGCUCUUCCAGUCGAAAACCCCUCCAAGGAUGUUUACACGGCUGAAUUCUCAUUGUUAGAUGACCAUACACAAUCCAAUCCUAAUGAAUUCCCAGGUGAUCUGGAAGUUACAAUAAAGUACACCUUGAAUGUUGUCGAAAUGACUUUGGACAUGGAAUACCGUGCACAACUAGUUCGUGGAGAGGCUACUCCUAUCAAUAUGACCAGCCACACCUACUUCAACUUGAACAAGGCUAAAAGCGACAAGUCUAUCAGUGGUACCGAAGUUAAACUUUGUUCGAACAAGUCAUUAGAAGUCAGCGAAGGAGCAUUGAUUCCGACCGGUAAGAUCAUCGAGAGAAAGAUUGCUACAUUUGAUUCUACAAAACCUACCACUUUGGGCGAUAAUGCUCCAGUUUAUGAUUGUAGUUUUAUUGUUGAUGCAAAUAAAGAUUUGGAAGUCACCGACUCUUUGAGCGUAAAUAAAUUGGUGCCUGUUUUUGAGGCUUAUCAUCCAGAAUCACGCCUCACACUAGAAGUUGCAACAACAGAACCAACUGUUCACUUUUAUACCGGUGAUAGUCUAUGUGGCAAAUUUACUCCUAGAUCAGGAUUUGCCGUUGAACAAGGCAGAUAUGUUGAUGCAAUCAAUCAUGAUGAAUGGAGAGAUUGUGUUCUUUUAAAACGUGGUAAGUUAUACACCUCAAAGACCCAGUACCGUUUUAAGGUACAGAUGUGA